AUGUUUGAUUCACAGAAUACUAUUCUGAUGCAUGAAGACAGUAGGGGGGGUGAACAGGGACCACCCUCCCGGACAAGGGCUAGAGUCAAGAGAAAACUCGAAGAUUCAAUCUCAACUAAAACCAAACAGAAUAGAGAUCAGAGCCCAAAUUGUGAAGAUCGUUCAACCAAUAGUGGUCAACCCUCAGUUGCUUCAUUAACAUCAUCAAUGCCAGAAAAACGUGUACUUGAACUUAUCCUUGAUGUAUUGCAAAGGAGGGAUACAUAUGAAAUAUUCUCUGAACCAGUAGACCCCAGUGAGGUAGAGGAAUACUAUGAAAUCAUUAAAGAGCCUAUGGAUUUUGGCACCAUGAGGGCUAAACUUCAUGAAGGAAUAUACAGAAGUCUUGAACAAUUUGAGCAUGAUGUGUUUCUGAUACCAAGAAAUGCAAUGCAUUUUAACUCCACAGCUACCAUUUAUUUUAGACAGGCUCGUGCUAUACAUGAAUUAGCUAAGAAGGUUUUUCAUGUUCUGAAAACUGAUCCUGAAAACUUUGAAUUGGAAUUCUCGGGAACAAGACGAAGAUCUGCUAGGAGACCACUGGGUCAAGCCAAGAGAUUUAGACUUUCUACAGAUGUCCGACGUAGUAGUCUGGGCAGUAACAUUUCAUCAAAACGUCUACCAUGUCCUUUAAGUGGUCCAUCAAUCUUAAGAAGAAGUAGCCGUGCAAAUCCAGGGUUUCCUAGUGCAGUUUCUAAUGUUGACACAUCGUAUCAUAACUUGUUUUUUGGUCAUAGAGAAGGUAGAAAGUCAAGUUUUGAUGAAGCAGACCGGCGAUGCACAUAUAGACCUUGGAAGUCCUCCUUGCAUAAUGAGAACACUUCAGUUGUCUCAACAAUACUCACUGAUCCCAAAUCACCAAAACUUCAGGAUAUCAGUUACACCAAAAGCUUGAUGUCGUUCGUGAAAGACUUGGGGCCAACAGCACAAAUGAUAGCCAGAAGAAAGUUAGAAGGGUGGCGAGAAGAUGCCCCCACUUGUCAGGUGCCAAGUUCAUAUUGUUCGGAACAGGCCUCAAAGUAUCAAGUUCCUACUGCAUUUGCCCCUGUUGGAUGGCAACAGAGAACUCCAGAUAUAGCAAUCACAACUGCAUCUAAGAAAUUCCUUGACCCCCGACCUAGUUGCCAAUCCAGCCAUAAAUCAAUCAUUGAUAUCAUAGAUUUGACUGAUUCUGAAGAUGGAGAAAUGGCUAAUACAGAAGACAGAGUGGGCAAUCAUGGCACUGCAAAUAGAGAAAAUACUACUAACAAUGAAGCAUCAACUAUUAGUGGUGGGAUGAAUGUCCCUGGUGUUUCCAGAGAAAGGAAGGUUACUUGGAAUCAAAGCACUGAACUUCAGUUGGGUCCAUGUGCUUCCAGUGCUGGUAAUGGAGAUUUGCAUUCCUCAAUAAUUAGUGUUAGCGAUGCUAGCACCAAGUCUACACCGUUGACAGCUAAUUUAGCCAACUUGCCUGCCAACCUGCAUCCACUAAUUUUAGCUUCAGAGCAUUCUCAGUCAAUUGUGUCUGAAUUUAAGUUGAGAAACAAGAAUGGUUCCACAUCAUUCCCAUGGCUCUCACGAACCAGGGAGGGAAUAACUUUGAGUCAGACCAAUGGUUCCAUGCAUAGCAUGUGUUCACAUUCUCAAGCUACAGCUGCACUGGGACCAAAGAAUGAAGUCCACUUGUUGUCUCAGGCUAGCCAAUCUCUGGAAUCGGACAAGCUGAAGCCAUUAGUCUCCCAAUUCACUUUUGAUCUUCCCUUCUUAAAAUCACAACUCAGGCAGAUGAAUCUUAUGGGGCGGGAUGGAUUUUCUACGUCUGAAUUCCAGAAAAGUUUCAACUUCGAAGGACCCUCUUUUGAGAGAAUUAGUUACAAGAGAGGCUUGCACUGUACUGACCAAGCUGAACCAAGCGCUAAAUCUUUUGUUCACAAUCCAUUACGAUCUUCAAUGGAUACUGAUUUGGCCCUUCAGCUUUAAGCAGUUGCAGAAAACUCAAAGUUUUUGGUAUAAC